AUGUCUGUUCCAACAGAUUUGCGCGUGCUAUGCCGCCGUCUCGCCUCAACGCCGGCUGACGACCUCCCGCGCUUCUGCCCGGUGCUCGUCAGCCAUGUGCUGCGCUGCGGCGAGCCCCUUUCGGCUGCCCAGGAGGCAAAGGGCAAGGACAAGACGUCCGAGGCCCCGGUGCUCGUCCACAGGCUCAAGACUCACAUCACCACCCUACUGACCGGCAAGAGCCCCGCUGGCCGCUUUGCUGCUGUCUGUCUCAUCAAGGCCGUCAUUGAUGUGGGCGGGUGGGAAACUCUGAAGGCGUCGGACCCCUGGAUACGGGGUCUGAUCUCGGUGCUGCAGAAACCCGACCCUCUUGCCUCCAAGGAGCUGUGCAUCGUCACCUUGACGAGAAUAUACAUGCUGCUACAGGACUAUCCGACCCUGGUGAGAGAGAUGGCUACCCCUACCCUCCCCAGCUUCAUCACGGCUUGCCUGCAGCUCGUCAAGCCUCCAGCAUCGGGCAAGCCGCUCAGGAUAUCGGCAGCAGUCGCCGAGACCAUCGCCUCUGCUCUCUCCAAGCUCAUUGUUCUGUAUCCUACGACCAUGCGGCCUUUCCGAGCGCAGAUUAUUGCCAUCUUCAGCGCCUACGUGGCCCCGACCUGUUCGGACCCUCUGGUGGCCCCUCAGACCCUGAAGGAGAGCGCACGGCGCCUGCUGAUUCUGCUGCACUGCACCGCGCCCAAAGACGGCAGCGGAGAGGAUUGGAUCCGCGCCAUGCGCCUGUCUGUCAAAAGCUGCCAUGCUACCGCUGACCAGGUCUUCCGAGCUGUGCACGAGUCGUGGGAGUCCAGCACCGGCUACAUAAGCCAACCAGUCCGGACAGACUUGGAACCGUGUGGCGGCGGCGUCUCGGCCGACGAGUUCCCUUCCUGGACGGGCCUGCAGGCGGGCGCAGAGAGACUCGUCGGUCUUUUGGAGUUCCUAGCAGAGCAUUUCCGGACGCCCACCAAGUCGGCCGUGGCCGUCUCGCUAGGCGAGCUGCUAGACUUGACCUCCCGGAUAACUCUCAUCACGCCGCCGGGCUCAGACGACGCGGUCGAGCUCAACGCCUCCAUCGGGAGAGACGAGAAGGCCGAGCUGUGGAGCGUCCUACGAGACAUCCACGCCGCCGUCAUGCGCCUCCACGCCGCCAUCGUCCAGCGCCUAGGAGACGGCGCCCUGCCCCUCGCAACCGAUAUUCUCGACCAGAUAGCCCGCAUCUUCAAGUCGAGCCGAAACGUCCGCUCGGUGCGCGAAGCCACGUACACGCUAGCUAAGGAGGUGCUCCUGCUCUCCGGCCCGAUGCUCCCCCGGCUCACAGUCGACUCGGCUGCGCCCGUCAUCCAGAGUUGCUGCCAGGACCUCCUGCGCGCGGCAGGCCACUCCGAGGACAAGCCGCAAGUUGCCGCCCCAGCUUCAGCCCCCACCUCCACGACCAGCAGCAACAGCAACAGCAACGGCUCCAAGAAAGGCAGCAACGGCAGGCCGCACCCGCAGCAGAACGUGACGGGCAACGCCGACGCGUUCCUCGGCCCCCCCAGCGGCACGACAAAUCCCACAGCCACCCCCAGCCCCUUUUCCACCUCCAGCAGCCCCGACCACGGUGACGCCACGGCAGCGGCAGCGGCGGCCCUCCUCCCGCUGCUCCUGUCGCACCUGCCGCAGCGCCACCUCAGCCCCGAGGCACGUGGGCUCGUCGACCGCACCGCUAUCCUCGCGGGCAGCCGGCCCGCCAUGCUCGCCAGCUGCCUGCACCCCUACAAGGACAGCCGCGGCCGCCAUUACGCCAGCAUCCUGCCGUUCCUGGUCGGCCAGUUCCCACGCGACCAGGCCGUCGAGGUCCUGCGCACCAACCUGCUGCGCGCCGGCGCUGGCGCCACGGCAUCAAACGCCACGCCGUACGCGACAGCCGGCGCGUGGGCCGACGACAACGAUGACAAUGAUAUGCAUGACGAAGACGAAGACGCAGCAGCAGCAGCAGCAGCGGGCAAGCCCGACGAUGCGUCCAUGGCCAACGGCGACGGCGAAGACGCGGCCGAAAAGGAAACGGCGGCUACGGCUGCUGAAGCUACGCCCAAGACGAGCGGUUUCGGCGGGUGGGCUCCCUCGACCGACGCGGCAGCGGUCGCGGCGGCCGGGAUUGACGCGAAUGGGAACGGGAACGCGGACAUGGAUGUAGACUCAGCGAUAAUCGCGCCGCUGUCACCGCUGAAGCGCAAGAGCGACGGCGCGGGGCGGCUAGGCACAGCGGCCAAGAAGCAGCAGCGGGCCAAGCCUGCUCCGACGGCUGAGGCGGAAGACGAUGGCAGCGGUAGUGAUAACGACGAUGGUAGCGAGAGCAGCAGCGUCCAGAUUGAUAUGACGAUAGACGACGAUGAUGAGGAGGAGGAGGAGGAGGAAGAGGAGGAGGGUGGAGAAGAGUGA